GAGGUAUGUCGAUGCCAUCAGUUCUGUGUCAGGUGGCUCGUGGGCGGCGUCAGUGUAUAUGUUUUCCACAUUGCCAGUUCAGCACCUCUUGGGUGCAAGUACCGACCCAUCCGAACUUACCUUGGCGAACCUGGAGAAGCCAGAGUCUGCCUUGGGUACAGUCGGUGCAGUGAGUACUAUGGCAAUAGCUAAGCGACUGGUGAAGGGCGGCAUCAAUCCCCAGGAACUGUGGGUCAACACCAUCUCAAAGGCGAUAUUAGAGCCUUUCGGCCUUCAUGACCUGGACAGCUACAUGGCUGCGGAUCAGGAUGCUGUGAACGAAAUCAGGCGACGCAAUCCACAACUGAAGGGUGCUAAAUUCCUGACGCCGGCACCGGGUCGCCCCAAGGUUUUUGUCAUGUCUGGCGCACUGUUGGGUCCCACUGGCUACAAAGCCACCAAAGACAACGUGGUUUCGCUCCAGAUGUCACCGGACUUGAUUGGCUCGCCUUUCUAUCCAAACAAUGAGCCAGUUCAAUACGAGUCACAGUCGCGACGCUGGAAUCCUUCAAGAAACGGUCUGGUAGGAGGUGGUUUUGUGGAAAGUUUUGCCUUCGGUGGUGGUGCACCAGAGGACCUUUCCAAUGGUUGGGUCACUACUGCUGCCCCCAUGGAGCCUUUCAGCCUCUCCAAGGCAGUGGGCGUGAGCAGUGCAGGGGUGUCCUCCGCCUCUACACAGGGCCCUUUCCAUGGCAGCUUGAAUCCUGCAAAGCUUAGCCCAAGGUCAGAUUACUGGGCCAUUCCAUCUCCACAGUUUGAGGCAGAGAGCACGAGCACAUACCUCCUCGGUGAUGGUGGAAACAUCGACAACAGUGGUCUCCUGGCUAUGCUGCAGAGAGGGGCAAGACGAAUUGUUUUGGUUGUGAGUACCGGCUCUGCACUUCCCGAUGAUGUAGAGUUUUGUAAAGUUCCAUCCCUGAGUCCUGACGUGGCCAAGCGCUUGGAGAACCAAUUUCAAGCAAACUUUGGUUUUUGGGACAAGGAUGACAUUGGUGAGUUCCUGACGCGCAAUCAGGUCUUCAGCAAGGAUGAACUCUUGCCUUUGCUUUGCCAACUGCAAUCCUUGAAGAGACAAGGGAAGCCGGCGCUGGCAAAGCGCAAACUCAAAGUUCUCCCAAACAGUUGGUGGGGUAUUGAGGGCGGCUACGGUGUGCAGUUGCUGGUAGUGUACAAUGAGAAAUGCAGGGACUUCGAAAGCAAGCUUCCCAAGGACACAUCCGACAAUCUUCAUGCGUUUUUUACUUCUGAGUUCAAGCGCUUCCCGCACUACAGAAUAGUGUUCCAGAAUGCAGGCUCAGGAACUGCACUGACCCAUCCACAAAUUAAUCUAUUGGCUGCAAUGUCUGAGUAUUUUGUCAGAGAAAAUGCAGAGCUUUUUGGUAGCUUUCUCCAAAGGUGAGAAGGACAACUGAAGGGUGAUAGCAAUCACUGCUAUGUUUUUAAGAAUCGAAGAACUCACAAAGGAGCCGAUUGGACCGAUAGCGUCCUGCAAAGUCAGGCAUGUUUUCCACCGGCGUCACAGUUCGUGCCCACAACAGUCUGGAGCAUCGUAGUGACGUAGUGUAUCGUCGUGUACAUGUUUGGUCAACAUUGGUCAAGCCGUUGGCCAUCUCCGAACCACACUGACUUAAAA